CCCCCUCUCAUUAGGAUGGACUAUUUUAAGUUAGCAAAAUUAAAUAAUAAAAUAAAGUUCACACCAAAACAAUAAUUCUGUCACUAUUUAGUAAGUCACGUGUUCUAAACCCAUACAAAUUUCUUGUGUGGAACGCAAAAGGGGAAUAUUCAUGGUGUAUUGGAAGUUUAAUAACUAAUUGUGUUUUGCUGUGUGUGUAGUGGAGGGUGGCCAGAGAGCCGUUAUCUUCAGCAGAAUUGGAGGGAUGCAGAUGGACACUGUGCUUGCAGAAGGAUUGCACUUCAGAAUGCCGUGGUUCCAGUACCCCAUCAUCUAUGAUAUUCGAGCUAGGCCCAGGAAGAUUUCAUCCCUCACUGGAAGCAAAGAUCUUCAGAUGGUAAACAUAGGUCUUCGUGUGCUAUCUCGGCCCAUUGCCUCCAAACUGCCGAUCAUGUACCAGCAGCUGGGGAAAGACUAUGAUGAACGUGUGCUUCCUUCUGUCGUCAAUGAGGUGCUGAAGAGCGUGGUGGCCAAGUUCAAUGCCUCCCAACUGAUCACACAGAGAGCUCAGGUGUCACUACUUAUAAGGCGAGAUCUAAUCGAAAGAGCUAAAGACUUUAACAUCAUCCUGGACGACGUGGCCAUCACAGAGCUCAGCUUCAGCAAAGAGUACACUGCUGCUGUGGAGGCCAAACAAGUCGCCCAGCAGGAGGCCCAAAGGGCUCAGUUCUAUGUAGAGAAGGCCAAACAGGACCAGAGACAGAAGAUUAUACAGGCUGAGGGUGAAGCGGAGGCUGCUAAAAUGUUGGGUCAAGCUGUUAUGAAGAACCCUGGUUACCUAAAACUCAGACGUAUCAGAGCAGCCCAAAAUAUUGCCAAAACGGUUUCAGCUUCUCAGAACAAGGUGUACCUGAGUGCAGACAGCCUCGUUUUGAACCUCCAAGACAGCUCUUUCAACAAGCUGUCACUGGGGAAAUGAGGAGCAUCAUCCAUGAAGAACAUAUGCAUUCCAUAUGUAAGCAGUGUUUGCUGAGCCACUAUAUUUAUGAGCCUCUCACACAGUAAAGUUCUGCUGGGGCUCAGAUAAGACAUGAGUCUGGCAGCCAUACAGAUUCACAUGUACCUGUUUAUACACAUUGAUUCAGUCAUUCGGGACUAUUUUCUGGCACAUUCAGCUUAAGAAUUGGAGUUUUGGUAUCAGAUAGCUUUAAAUGCUAAUGGUGAUCACAAAAUAUACACUGCAAAUAAUAAAUGGUCACUUGUUCAUUUAUUCCUAAAUGUCCCUAUAAAGACACACAAAUAAGAUCCUGAUCAGGGCCAGUAGCUAAAAAGUUGCUGAUUGUUUACAGAACAUUAAGCUUUUUUUUUUUUUAGUGCUGUCAAAUGAUUAAUCGUGAUUAAUCA